UUCUUUUCUCUAUUUCUUUAACUCCUCUUGAUGUUAAAAUAUAAUUACCAAUAUUCGAUCGAUUCCUGCGUCCAAUCAGAUCGAGAACUUGUGCUUUUCCGUUAAUUACCUUUGUUACCUACAACAAAUUGAUGUUUUUUUCCUCAUGAACAAUGGAUAACAACAAGAAGAAAAGGAUUGAUCAAAUUGUUUAAUUACUGUUAUAAUUAUUACGCUUAUAAACUGGUUUUAAUGGUGAUUUAUACUCAACAAAUUACCUCUCGUUAUUACUGUAAUGUGUUACCAAAAGUUAUAAGACUCGAACAAAGAAAGAAACAAGAAAACACCGUUAAGAUAUUCUCGUUGAAACGGAACUUUUAUCAAUCAUCUUCACGAAAGAAAAACAUCAAUAUUUGUAAUCGAAAUUUUCGAUAAACUAUCAUAAACCUCGAAAACAAGGUGAUGAAGUGCAAAAGAAGAGACAAAAAGUGAUCUCGUUGAUAGUAAUCAUCAAUUAACGUAAUGUUGGAAUUCCCUUUGAUUGUGACAACAAUUGAAAAAAAUACGUUAAUCUCGACAAGUUGAUCUAUUUCUUUUCUUUUUAUUACCACUGUUAAUUACUUCUAAUUUCCAUUAACUGUUUUAAGUCAUUAUCUUUUUCUGUUACAAGUUAACCUUCUCUUCCUCUCUCAUUUUAAUCUGAUAUUUAUAACUUUAUCUUAAUUAAUCUAAUAUUGUCCAAAAAGAAACAUCAACAACCAAACACAAUUAAGGAAACAGGAAAGAAAAAGUAGUUACAUUAAUCAAGUAUCAACACCAUCAUCAAUAUCAUAAUCACCAUCACAAUCAUCGUCAGUAAACAAACAGCAACAAUGUCCAAUUGUAAUGAAGGAUAAACCAAACCAAAGGUUUUUAAUUGUAAAUCUCAAUCUUGUAAUAUUACAACUUAAAUCAGCCAAAUCUCUGUCCCGAUUAAUUAGUAAUCACUUUCUCCCUCCUUUGUAACUUAUCUUCCUCAUCAUUAUCAUCAUUAUCUAUUGUUAUACCUUCUCUCUUUCUCUCACCAAUCAUUGUAAUUGUUUCUUCUGUCCUCUAACUCUCUCUCUCUCUCUUCAUCUUCUUCAUCUUCUUCAUCCUUUCCGGUUCCUCCUCCACUUCUCAUCAUUGUAAUUCCUCCUUUGUAGCCUGAACUCGAGUUUAUAACUGUACCUCCAACCUCAUUGGAAGAUGUUUUUUGUUGAGGGUCAACAGUUGAUUAGUCAAUUGUUUGCUUAAAGAAAACAACUUUAUAUCCACCAGUUAGAUUGUUAAUUGAAAACUCUGGUCAAUUAAUCCUCUCUUUUUACAUUAUCACCAAUCCAAGAUUAUCCUCUUCUCAUUUUCUACUUCAAUUAUUAGAGCUUUAUAAUGUUUGUAAAAUCAUCAACGUUGAUCAACAAACACAACAACAAAUGUCCCUCAGUAACUUUGUCAUAAUCAUCAACUCUUUUUACUAUUGUUAAUCUUAAUCACCUCCAUUUACAGUAUUCGUAUGUUUUAUGAUGAUUGUAACAAUUAUGAUCAUGAUUAUUACUCCAUCAUGUCUUUUUCUUUAAUAGGAUUCAAUGUAAAGUAAUAACAAUUUAAUAUUACUACUCAGUGGAAGUAACUAAAUUUAGAAUCAUUUAUUGUAGGUUUUAACACAGAGAGAUAGAGAUAGAGGAUAACAAGUUAACUUGUUUCAAAAUGAAAAAAAAUUGGAUCGAUGAUUAUGAUUAACUUAAUUUAAAUAGAUUGAUGUUCAAAAGAAUAAUUGAUGAUUUUAAUUAUCUCUUGGAAUAUGAAGAAAGAAACUGAUUGUUACUUAAUCUCUUCUUUUUACUAAUCAUCACCAUUCAGGUGAUAAUUUGUAUUCGCAUGAUAACAAUCAAUUGCCAUUCUCAAUCUUCCGUUGAAAAUGAACUGAAAAUUAGCACCAACCAUGACCUUCGAUGAAAAAUGUCUUCCAAUUUUCAAAGAAUUUUCUCCACCAUGAAUAACACUUAGUACUCAGAACAAUUGAAAUGAUUAAUUAUACUACCAUGGUAAUAAUACGUUGAUUAGAUCCAAAUUGUUCCCACUUGCAGUUGAUCAUCUUCCACCUUCCACCUUGAAUCCUCCGUCUCUCGUUCUCAUCUUAUUACCUUAUGUAAAUUUCUGGUUUCCAAUUGAUUAACAUUUUCCACCUUCAACAAGUCAACUACCUCUCUUUUUAACUCUCACUUCUCAUCAUCAUCUUCAUUGUCUUCACUUCCUUUCAUGUUUCCUCUUCAUCCUUCCCACCCCACCCUCACUCUUGCUCUAUCCUUUUUUCCCUCUGACAAAAUGUACUUUCUUUUUCUUGUCAUUUUUUUGUUGAUGUCUCUUCAUUUCUCUUCAUGAUGAUGAUGAUGCCUGUUAACCCUUCAUCUCUCUUCCUAUCUCUCAUUUCUCAUCUUCAUCCUUCUUCUCGUUUCUCUGUUUCCUCUUUCACUUUUCUGGACUAUUUCAGUUCUAAUCAUUAACUUCAAUGUUACCACUCAAAUUAUCAGAAAAAAAUCAGAAAAUCGAAUGGGAUUUGAUUCUAUUGUAUAAAAUAAACUCAAUACGCUUUUCGAAAUUAAAAAAGGAAAACAUCUCAUUUUUUUUCUUUAUUCUAUACUCAGUCAAUUAUCUUCUCCAAAUAUUACCUGUAAUUCAAUUAAUUCAUCAAUUAACAGAGGUGAUAAAGGAGAGAUUGAGAAUAGGUUUGUAUUCAUCUUACUUGAAUUAACUAUUUAAACAGCUCAUUGAUUGAAACAAUUGACCAGCAAUCGAUUAAGAGAUUGGAAUAGAUAUUGACACUAUUUUCUAAUCCAAAUUGCAAUUAAGUUAAUGAAACAGAUAUUUUCUCAAAAAGAUCAUGAAGAUAAGUAACUAAAUUGGAUUUAUUAUAAUUACCAUCAUCAUCAUCAUCUUUUCCUCUACAUCAACACGUUAAUCAUGUAUUGAUUCAACUUCAAGAUGAUUGAACAAUCAACUUUAAAAAAAACCUGAGAAGACAAGUUAGUUAGUUGAUUGCGUUUCAUUUUUCUCAAAUAAACUUUUUCCUCUUCUUGAUCAUCAACAAAUCAUCUUUAACUUUUCUUGUUAAUCACUUUAAGCUAAUACCUGAUGUCUUAAUAAUCAUCACCUUUAAUUGUCUUCUUCUUGUUUACUUCCCACCCAUUUUUUUCAUCCUUCAUCUUCCUUGUUCAACUUAUUCUCAUUUGCUUCUGUUAUCCGUUGAACCGAUCACAAUAACAACGUGGACAAGAUCAGCGACAACGACCUGAUCCAAACCGAAGUAAAGUUUAAAUUGAUCUGAAAAAUUUACAACUUCAAUCGUAAUCAUUUUGACUAUCGUGCUAAUCAAUUGUCCAGUUUAUCUGAAUCUCUUAUUGAAAUGACAACCGAAUCAAGUAAAGUUGAAACAAAUGAAGUAAAAAGUGAUGUGGUCACUGGUUAUUAUGAACAAGAUGGAUACAAAAUUCACUACGAGAAAGUUGGUCAUGGUGAUUGUGCUGUCUUCAUAUUUCCUGGAGCUUGUGGAAAUGGCCGAACUGAUAUGAAACCACAAUUAGAUGGCUUUGAUAAGGAUAAAUUCACCUUAAUUGCUUGGGACUCACCUGGAUUCGGACUGAGUCGUCCCCCUGAACGAGAUUAUAAACUUCAUGCUGAGGAUAAGUUUUUUUACCAAUACGAUGCUGAGACUGUGGUUAAAUUGAUGGCACAUUUAGGUUAUGACAGUUUCUCUGUAAUGGGCUGGAGUGAUGGUGGUAAAUCUGCCUUACUGGUUCCCAUUUUGUUCCCGGCGAAAGUUGAAAAGCUUGUGGUUUGGGGAACUUUGGCUUAUAUUCCAGAGAAAUAUAAAGAUAUGUGGAGAAUUCUUUGUACUCUGGAAAUGUGGGAAGAUCGAAGGAAUGAGUACAUCAAAAUCUAUGGUAAUCGUGAGACACUCGAAAAGAUUUGGUAUAAACACAUGAGUUACACUUAUACCACAAGCGACAUUUGUAAGGACAGAGUAAAGGAAAUUAAAUGUCCGACUUUCGUGUUACAUGGUAAGAAAGAUACUAUGAUCCCGAAAGUUUUCGACCAUUUGGUGGCAAAUAUUCCCGACGUUGAAUCUCAUCUAUUUCCUGAUGGAGUUCAUGAUAUUCAUGUCAGUCAUGCUGAACAAUUCAACAGGCUGGUUCAGAGAUUCCUUUUAGAUUGAAUUCGUAUUGAUUGACACGAUGAAAUCUAAAAUAAUAAACUAAUUUGAUUGUACGAUGUAUUCGUCUAUUACUAUUAAACGAUUUUUAGAAUAA